AAGGGAAGCUCGAGAGAGCGCCGAAGAAAGGCAGACGCGCCAGAGUUCUUUCGUGUGUAUGCAUGCAACCACCAAGGACUAGGCAAGAGACAGAUUUCCACCCAUGCCCUUCCGCGGUGAAUCGCUAGAGAAACUGAGAGAAGCAGAGACACCAAGAACGAAGCAGAAGCAAGUAAAGAAAAGACAAGAGAUACACACAGAGAAGGUCCCAGAGGCAAACAUCCGGUGUUUCUUGCCAGCGACCCUUCGGCUCUCUGUGCUGCCUUCCCAUUCUUCUCCCUCUCCUUUGUCUCCUCGCUCUUCUCGUUUCCUCUCCUUUGUCUCCUCCCGUUCGGCCUUCUUCGCCAUGGCGUCUUCUCCCUUUCUACUCGCCUUCGAGGGCGCCGUCCACUCCAAAGCCGUCCGGUGCGUCUGCGUCGUCUCCAAGAAUGCGCUCUCUUCUUCUUCUUCUUCCGCUUCUGCUUCUUCUCUUAAACCUUCCUUCGAGCUCGUUUCCGGGAGUCUGGACAGUUCCGUGGUGGUUUGGUCCCUCGAGGAGACGCCUGCCAGCCGCGCCCCGACGGGCCUAGUUUUCUCUCCUCGCCUCUGUCUCCAACACCACCGCGAUUUUGUCUACUGCGUCGCGCCAUGCACAGCCGAUGCGAACAUCCGUUCCUUCUUCUCCGGAGGAAAGGACAAACGCGCGCUGCGAAUCGCUUUGGACGACGGCCGCGUCCUCAUGGAAUACACUGGCCAUGAAGGACCGGUUUGUUCCUUGGCAGAAGUCGCCGCUUCUUCGUGUCUGGUCACCGGCAGCUGGGAUGGGUCUGCUCGCCUGUGGAACAUCGCCUCCGGAGAGUGCCUACGAAAGUUAACUCAACACAAGCAUGCAGUCUCGGUUUUGACUCUUCGCGAGCCGCAACUCCUCGUCACGGGAUCCCAAGACAAAGCUCUCAACUUCUGGUCAAUCUCAGGUCACUUACAAAAGACAAUUCCAGAUGCUCACGACGACAUCAUUCGCGCCCUGGACUAUCUCUCGCUUCCCUCCUCUUCUUCCGCGUCUUCGUCGUCUUCCUCCCCUUCCUCGGCGGUGUUGUCUGCGUCGAACGAUCAACUGGUUAAGGCGUGGAGUCUCGACGGCUCCCUGCUUGCUCAGUUUGAGGGUCACUCGGCUUUCGUCUUCGACGUCACAGCCAGUCGCUUGAGAGCGAACGUCUUCUUCACCGCCUCGGAUGACUGCACCUGCAAGGUCUGGGAGGUCCAGGACGAGGAAUCCCGGCGUCUCUCAGGGCGAGCAACUCAAACGCUGCUGCAUGCAGCGACGGUUUGGCGCGUGGCGGAACUGCCGACAGGAGAUAUUGUCACAUGCUGCGAAGAUGGAAAAUUGAGAGUCUGGACACAGGACGAGGCUCGCGCUCUCCCAGUGGCUGCUCGGAUGCAGCAGGAGAGUGAAGCAAAGGAGGCUCAAGCGGCUGCCGCGGCAAAGAGUGCAUCCUCGAUUGACAUUGCCUCUCUGCCGGACGUCUCUCAAAUGACUUCGAUUCGCGGACAAGACGGAGAAAUGAAGAUGUUUCGCGAGGGGAACAUGGCGACGGUCUACACAUGGAAACAGAGCACAGGUUGCUGGGAACGAGUGGGCGAAGUCGUAGGCGCAGCCAAACAGUCAACGCACUACGAAGGUGACGCUUACUUCGAAGCAGGCGAGUACGAUCACAUUUUCAAAGUUGAAAUUGGAGAAAGCGGCGCCCACAAACCUCUCCCCUUUAGAAUGUCUGACAAUCCGUUAGUUGCUGCCGAGAAGUUCUGCGCUCGCGAGGGUAUCAACAAGAGCUGUCUUGAACAGAUUACCAGCUUCAUUCGCCGCAACACAGGCCUCUCUUCUGCUCCCUCUUCCUCUUCUGUAACCUCGGCUUCUACUCCUGCGUCGGAUCUGAAGGACCAGUGGGCCUCGUACGGCGGCGGCGUCUCCAAGGUUGCGCCGCUCAUGCAGGUUUUCACUUUUGCCAAGGGCAAUUUCGAGGGAGCAGGAAAGAAGAUCAUGGAGUUCGAUGCACAGUUCCCCGAAGAUUCACCCGCUCACUUGACUGCAUUGGAGAAGCAGUACCUCCUCGACGCACUCGAGAAAAUCCAGUCGCCGAGUUUCAUGAAGAAGGAGUUCCGGGCGUGCGAACUCGACGUUAUUUUCGAGAAACUCGCAGUCUGGCCAAGCAGCAAGGCAGUGCCCGUGAUGGACGUCUGGCGCGCGUUAGCUUUGCAUCCGCAGUACCAUGCGGUCCACAGGAAAUCCGGAGACCACGGGUGGAUGACGGUGGUCGUCGCGCUUCGGCAUUUGAAGGAAGCUUGCGCGAGUCAGGCGGACGAGACGCCCUUGAUUCUCUGCUGUCUCCGAUUCCUUGCGAACCUCAUGGACCUGACAACUAAUCGAACAGUCAUGCUUCGCCAUGCCAAUGUGGUGCUGGAAAGCCUCGCCUCUGACCGCGUUUUGACGAAUCCCAACAAGAAUGUUCGCCUGACUGCUGCCUCGCUCCUGGCGAACUUCGCUGUGGCUUUCGCGACCAAGGAAGAGACGGAAGGUCGCAUUAAGGUGCUGAAGCUGCUUCGCGGCCUGAUGGAGAGAGAAGGAGACGCGGAUGUUUUUUACCGAUGUCUCUUAGCCGUGCUCACCAUCCUGGCUACACCACCUCAGCCGCAGCAACGCAGGCUGCUGAGGGGCGCUUGCCAAGAGAUCGACAUGGCAGAUGUCUUGCCUCCUCUCAAUCAAAACAUUCCUGCGGAAGGCCGCAUUGGAGACGCGGCACAAGACAUUUUGCUUCUUCUUGAAUGAGGGAUGGAACGGAAAAGCAAAGUGGCAACGCCAUCAGGUUACAGCGAUACUCUUGCUUGGGUAUGUGCCGCGAUCCACACAUAUGUGUAUAUAUGAAUAAUAGAUAGAUAUAUAUAUAUAUAGAUAGAUAGAUAUAGAUAUAGAUAUAUGUAGAUGUAUGUAGAUAUACUUAUGUAGAUAUGCAUAUGUGGGGAAGUUGAGAAGUGGUUGAGAGCACCCGGCACCCGUGAAGAGGCUUAGAGAACCCUCUGCCAUUCUAUUGUUUUCAAGUGUGCAAGGGCGCUUUUGAACCGUAGACGGUAUUUGAGCAUUAUCUGGAUUGUGCGUCUACUGUGUUUUAGACGGACUUGGGGAAACACAGGAAUAAAAAGAAAGCGGAACGCGGGGUACCCCGUGGUUCUCGAGAGCGCGACGAAUUAACCAAAUUUAUAGCAUUUGUUGAUGUAUAUGUCACUACAUACUGGUGCACACACUUCCCAGGAAAGCGAUAUAUGCAUAUUCAUGUAUAUAUAUAUAUAUAUAUAGAUAUAUAUAUAUAUGUGUAUCGUGACGUAGCGCUACAACCCUUUCGGGUGGCGUCCAGCAAGCGCGUAAACGUGACCCGCCCACAGGGGAGGGAAAGAAAACGUUCGAUGCCGUCCGCAUUGAGGAAGCAUUCUUUCUGCAGUCGCUCAAAUCGAGGAUCUACAUUGGUGCCAGCAAACGACUCGGUUUCUUCACGUUUCCAAGGAUUUGACUUUUAGUGGGACAGCUGAGUGCACAUGACAAAGAGUCCUGCUUUUUGUGCAAAAGGAAGGCAACGCAAAGUACCUCACCACA